AUGAGUCAACCUAUAUCAUCACCCACUGCUUCGACACAAAACUAUCUGCUGUCGUUGAUACCGAAUUACUCGUUGGAAAAUGAUUAUAUUACACAAUCGUCAACGGGAUUGACGUCAAGUCCGAAUCCAUUAGAACAAAAACCUCCACCACCUCCACAACGACCAACACAACAGGUACAACAACAACAACAACAACAAACUCAACAAUCAAAUAAUAUAUACACAACAGUUGCAACAACAACAACAGCUACUUAUUCAACAACAGAAACAAAUCAACAACAGCAUCAACAACAGCGUCAACAGCUACAACAACAAUUACAACAGCAUCAACAACCACAACAGCUACAACAACAGACUCAACAGCUACAACAACAACAACAACAAACUCAACAAUAUCAACAGCAACAACAGUACCAACAACAACCACAAAUACAACAAUAUAAUUAUCCUUAUCAACAACCACAACCUUAUCAGCUACCUCAACAACAACAGCAACAACAACAACAACAACAACAACAAAGAACACUAUCCCCACCAUUGUCACCAUUACAACAGGCAUAUCAGCAGACUACUAGUCCACAUCCACCAGCGUCACCGCCUCCACCUUACCAACCGAAAGGUCAAUAUACUCCACACACUCAGACAACACAAGUAAAUAAUAAUAUCUUGCAAUAUGCAUAUCCAUAUGCACCACCGACCUAUAAUUCAGCGACACAGCAACAACAGCAACAACAGGCAUAUAAUGGAUAUCCUUCUUACUAUUCGCAACAGCAACAACCACAACAAACAACUACACCAACCUAUAGUUCAGUUUCAAAUCAACCAAUGACCUCACAAUAUCUUUACCAAAAUAAUAACAACAAUCACAAUAAUAAUAAUGCAUACAACAAUAACAACAAUUUAAUAAACCAUAGAGCCGCACCAAAUCCACCAAUGUCACCACUGUUAGUUUCACAACAAUCAACGACAACCACCAAUAGCAAUAAAAAUACUAAUCAAUAUCCAUCACAACAAUAUCAACAACAACAACAAUUAUCAUCAUCGUCAUCAUCAGUAGAUCAUAAGAGACAAUCAAGUCAAGAUACAUCAAGUUUUAUCGAUUCAAUUAAACAAUUUGUUGAGAAAAUAGAUCAGCAAUUCAGUGAUGAAGAAAAGAUAACAAACGAUUACUAUGGUAUAUUGAAUAAUAAUAAUAAUAACAACAACAAGAAGACUGACAAUAGUUCGAAUUCAAAAGAUAACAAAUCAAAGAAUGAUAAUGUAAAUAAUAAUAAUAAUAAUAAUGACAAUAUGAAUAAAAGUAGAGAUAAGACCAAUCAGAGAUAUCAAGAUAGUUAUCAGAACUACCAGAAACAUGCAAAUGAAAUCGAUUUUCAACGUCAGUUCCAAUUGACCACUCCAAAUGCUGCACUGAAGCAACAGGAAAAGAGUGCAGUCACCACUGAAGGUCUAUUGUAUUAUAAUGUGGUCGAUAUGGGUAGACAGCGUGGUUCUAUCAACGAUCGUCGUUGGUUCAUCUUGCGUGAGCACAUGUUGUUCAACCAUGUAUCGAAGGACUUGGAUCCAUCCGAUGUAAUCGACCUAAGAAGACUGAUGAUCAACAGUGAUAUUAGAUUCAUCGAUGAGACUGGCAUGUUUAGAUACGGUGUAAGACUGAACAGUCCAAACAACUCGAUCUCUCACUACAUCUGGUCGGACGAUCCCAAGCAAAUCAUCAUGUGGAUCGUAGCCAUCGGUUCGUUCACCAUCAACUUUUCACCAGAGAAUGAAAUGCAAAUGAUCACUCAAAUUCUGGAGAUUUCACAACCAGAAUCGAAACCAAAUCUAGUUUUAAUUAAUGAGAAUGAUACUCUAGAGAUUGAAAGACAAUUCCAUAUUUUAGAAAUACAACAAAAGCAGAAUCAAGAGAAUAAAGAUAAAGAGAACAAAGAAAACAAAGAGAGAGCUGAAAGACAAGAAAGACAACAAUCGCCAGGACUGAGAAAGAAUGGUUCAUCGCCAUCAUUCUUUGAUGACAUAUUCGAUCCUCAGAGAAAACUAUUCAAACAACUUGGAAAGAGUGCAAACAGUCAACAAGAUGUUAUGAAAUAUGUACCUAUAAUCUUAAAUCAAAAAGAAUUUGAAAUCGGUAGAUUGUUUGAAGAUAGAAUCAAAUUCAUUGGUAAUAAGAUAACCAAGAGUGAUAGCGGUGCGGCUGGCGAUGAUAAAGAGAUGCUCAAAGAGUUGAUCACAGAGAUCAUCAAUGAAUUCUCAGAGAUCCUGCUGAACAGAGUGCCGGAACUGGCAAGAACCGAAGAGAGUAUCAACUACUGCAAACUCGGUGUUGAGAAAUGUCUGUUUGAACAUAUUCACUCACUGCUAUUCGAGCAGUACGUCAAGAAAUAUGCCGCCGAAGACGAAGAGCACAACGCCAAGACUCAAGGUGCAGAUGAUUUACUCCCACUAUUUACAUUUGUUAUUAUAAAAUCAAAACUACCUCAUAUGUACUCAGAGAGUAUGUUCUUACAAGACUUUUUAGAUGAUUCUUUAAGCUCAAAAGUACAAGGAUACUUCUUGGUUACAUUCCAAACAUGUCUUUCAUUGCUAAACAGUCAAUCCAAUCUUGAAAAGUAUACACAUAACAUCUUUUCACAAGAAAUCAUAUUACAUAAUAGUAAACAUUUAUGUAAACAUAGGAAUAGACAGCAGCAACAGCAGCAGAGGAAUAGAAAUCAUUCAUUUAGUAGUGAUAGCAACAGAAAUAUAGAUAUCGAAAAGCUAUAUCAACGAUAUAAUAGACACAACUUGUACAAUUUUGAAAAUGGAAAUAAAAACCAAAGAGUUUCAAUGAUGAGAGAGAAAUUUGAGGCACAGUCGUACGAAGCCGAUUCAUCACCACCCCCAACUAGACGUCCACCUCAACCAAUAAAGCAAAAGACUUUGGGUGUUCCAGCUCCAUCACAACCACUCUCCUCAUCACAGAAUGGAUCAUAUCAGAACGGUGGUGGCAGUGGUAGUCUGUCGUCGAGUGGCAACAGCAUCGCACCUGCCAUUCCAAAACGUCCACCCGCACCAGGCGGUAAGAAAGCACCACCCUUACCAACUCAGCCACGUCCAAACGUUGGCACCAACGGAUUUAGCAAUGGAUACAGCAGUGGCGCACCAUCUACAUACGACAACUCUGAUUAUAACCAACCACCUCCAUCACAGCAACCACAACAGCAGCAACAGCGUUUACCACCUCGACCAGCCUCACCAGUGGUAACACUGACAGCACCCACCUCACCGGUUGCCUCAUCCGCUCAAUAUAACAAUAACAACGGUAUUCAACCACCACCACCACCUCCACAACCACCCUCAAACAAAGGUGCUACACCAGUCAAGAAGUUGGCACCCACUGCAAUUCCAUCAAAUCUCGGUAAUAUUUUGGCCAACAGCGGAGGUAUUCCACCCAAAGUCCAAACUGCCCCAAUGACACCAAGUUCACCAUCAAUACUAUCAACACCACAACCGGCACCAAUCGUUCAAUUGGCAUCAUCGCCACCCAACCCAUCAAUGAUAGCACCACCAUCGCCACCUCCACAACACCACGACAGAAAAGAACCCGAAGAAAAGAAAGAAAAAGGUUUCUUUACUGGUUUGUUUACCAGUAAAAAGAAUAAAAAAAGAGAACCAGAAGUUGGUGUACCAUUUAAUGUUAAACAUAAUGUACAUGUAGAUUAUAACUCGAUUACAGGUUUUGAGGGUCUUCCAAAGGAAUGGGAGAUUGUCCUUCAAUCAUCUGGUAUUACUAAAGAAGAUGUAGUAGAGCAACCACAGGCAGUAUUGGAUGUAUUGGACUUCCAUAUGGGUCCAAUAACAAAUCAACACGCUCAACUACAGGGUGCACCACCAAAACCACCUCAAAUGCCACAAAGAGAACUACCAAAGCCACAACAAUACCAACAACCACCACCACCACAACCAGUUCAACCACAACAAGAUCAAUAUUUAGCAUUAGAGGGCGAUGAUUACGAUUUAGUCAACCAAAGUGCGCCAAUACCAGAGGAAACAAAUGUAUCAUUAAAUGAUCUUAUUAGUCAAGACGAUCCAUCUAAAUUAUAUGGUGACGGUUCAAUGAAGAUUGGUGAAGGUGCUGCAGGUGAAGUGUUUGUAGUCAACAGAUUGAAGAACAAUACAAAGGUUGCUAUCAAGAAGAUGCCACUCAACCAACAAAAUAUGAAGUUGCUCAUCACAGAGAUUGGUAUCAUGAGAUCAUGUAAACACCCAAAUAUUAUCGAAUAUAUUGACAGUUACCUAGUUGGUGACUCCCUCUGGGUGGCAAUGGAAUUCAUGGGUGGAGGUUGUCUUACCGAGGUUUUAGAGCAAUUUAGUGCUGUUAAAUUAACUGAAGCUCAAAUUGCCUUUGUUUGUUUAGAGUCUCUUAAAGGUUUAGCUUAUAUUCAUAAUCAAUAUCGUAUUCAUAGAGAUAUUAAGAGUGAUAAUAUUUUGCUGGGUUCUGACGGCUCUGUAAAAUUAGCUGAUUUUGGUUAUGCUGCACAACUCACAAAGAAUAAGCAAAAGAGAGUUACAAUUGUUGGUACUCCAUAUUGGAUGGCACCAGAGUUGAUCCGUGGACAAAACUACGAUCGUAAAGUUGAUAUUUGGAGUCUUGGUAUUAUGGCAAUGGAGAUGGCCGAGUCUGAACCACCCUACAUGUCGUUCCCACCAUUGCGUGCACUCUUCUUGAUCACCACCAAAGGUAUUCCAGAUUUGAAGGAUCAACACAAAUGGUCGGACGAAUUUAAGGAUUUUGUAAAGAAAUGUUUGGAGAAGGACCCAGAGAACAGACCAGACGCUCAAGUACUUUUGAAACAUCCAUUCCUCAAGCAAGCAUGUAAUAACAGUGGUCUCGUACCAGCAAUUUUAGAAGCCAAGAAAGCUAAAGAGGCUCAAAGUAAAUUUUCAUUACAUUGA